AUGGAAAACCAACGAAACGCAGGUCCGGUUCAGGCUGAUAGAAGUGAAAGUAGAGUGGAGGAUUUACAUUUGGACAGAAUUGUUGCGUCGCAGCCCGAAAUAGGGCCUACACCACCUGAUGGCGGCUACGGCUGGCUAAUAGUUGUAUCAGCAGUGAUCUACCACAUCACCGUACCAGCCCUUACGUCCUUGUACGGUAUUAUGAUCCUGAAGGCGAUCAGAGAAGAAGAUCAUGAGCGUGAAGAAGUAAUGAAAAUAUGGGACAUGGAUAUUGCCUUGGUGCCUGUUAUAGCUGUGGUGAUCAGGCUCCUGUUAGAGUCCUGGUGUCGGGCUUUAGUGAAGAUCUUUAACAUGCCGAGAUUCAUGGCCCUUUCUGGCUUAUGUUUUAUAGUAUCAGGAGUUCUCCUCUCUAGUUACUCCACUGAUGCUGAGAGCAAUGAUCACAUUAUAAGCAUAUUUUCUGGGAUAUUUAUAGGUGCUGGCUGUGCAAUGACAGGUCAACAAACCGAAGUAAUAAUAACACACUACUUCAGAGACAGGCUAACCAUGGCACAACGAAUCGUGAGAAUGGCGCCAUCAGUAGGCAACUGCCUUGUGCCCAUUCUUGUCGGCUACCUCUGCUCACACUACACAGGAGACGUAGUAGUCAUGAUAUAUGGAGCCAUUGUUGUGCAGAACUGCAUAUUCCUUGCCUCAUACUCCCGACCAAUUUACAUAGAAAAAAUUAUAAGGCACACCUACAAUACGUUAAGAGACGCUGUUGAGGACGAAGAUGAAGUCAUAUUUUCUAAUCAAAAUUCAAUACAAAACCCAGUUUCAAAUGGACCUUCUCAAAGUGUACCUCCACGCGAUGAUGAUACCACAGAUGUAGUAGUGUUUAAGUCUAAAAUGAACGCUGAAGAAAUUAUGGAUCCCGCUGUUCAGUAUAGAGAAAGCAGAAGUAUUUCCAACGAUGCAAGAUUUUCCACAGACUUUAGCACUUUAUCUGAUGUUACUCAUAAUCGUUUUUCCUCCGACUUCGGUUCUCUUGAUAUUACUCAUUACAGUAGAGUUGGCUACCGAGAGCUGGAGAAUAUUGACAGACAGCAGCCUCAGCCUUUAUACAGAGAAACUACAAUGAAUGCUCCUCACGGCAGCGUGGUUUUUGCAGCUGAGGUUUCUCCAGGGACUGCUCGGAGAACAGCUUCAAUUAAAAAGAAUCUCAUCACGAUCACCAGUAUGCUGCGGGAUUUGAAUUUCUAUUUGUAUGCCUUGUUACAUCUCUGUACCACCUUCUCCAUAUUAGUUUUGGGCGUCGUGUUUCCGCCUUUAAUUUGGGAGCAGAAUCAAUCGAUGAAUAUUUGGUCGGUGUCAACCCUGAUAGCAGUUUCUCAUGGGUCAGCAUUAUGCUUCAUCGUACUCUGUGUUGUGCUGCCCAAUUCUAUCAAUGAGAAGGCAAGACUGUGUGCAGCAUUUUGCGUCGCUGGUGCCACAGGAUUUUAUGGCAUCACUCUAUCCACGAGCAAAUCUCUAUUGGUAGUAUGGUGUAUGCUAGCCAGCUUCUCAACAGCCGCCUCCAAUAUACUUCAGCAGCCUCUUUACAACAGUACCCUCAACGACUUUGACACCACGGCAACCAUGACAGCUUCUAACGCCAUAGUCGCCAUUUUUAUUAUGAUAUGGUCAUUGGUGUACAAUUAUGAAUAUAAAAUAUGUUUUUUGACCGCAAGUGUGCUGCAAACGGAAACGGCAUACGAGGCAAAAGUGUAA